AUGGAAUCCACUGAUCGCCAAAAGGCAAAUGGAUCAAGAUUAUGCCGUUUGCUUAUUGAUAAAGGAACGGAAGCAGUGCGAAAGGUAUUUGACAGAAUUCAUCUUCCAACAACUUGGAAUUCGACGCUGAACUAUUAUGGUGGCCGUAAGAAAAUGAAGAAAAUGAUUCCUAAACUCAACACUGCACAACUAUAUAUUCUUUAUCCUCCUAGUGGUAAUCCAUCGUCUUCUCAGGAUUAUGACAUUACUUUGUUAUUUGUGCUACUUCGCAAUAUAUGCAGUCUUUCACUUCCACCGUCUACUACAUCUUGGGAUAAAGAACCGCCAUCAAGUGAUAAAAGCAUGGAGGCUGAUCUCGCAAGAAUAAAAUUUUAUAGAAAUAAAAUGUAUGGCCAUGUCACUGCAACCUCCCUUUGUAAUAAAGAAUUUGAGCAAUAUUGGACGGAAAUCUCUGACGCUUUAGUUAGACUUGGGAUGGACGUUAGUGACUUACAGCACUUGAAGACAGCGCCUCUUGAAGAAGAUUUAUUCGUUGGAAAAUUAAAAGAAUGGAAAGAAAACGAGGACAAGAUUGAGGUUGGAUUGAAAAACAUUUUAGACGGGCAGGCGACAAACCAAGCCACAAACAAACGUUGUUUUUUUUGUGUUGUGCUACUACUGAUCUCUUUAAUCGUAGCUAAUGCUUUAAUGUUUUGGUAUUUUACCAAUUCUCGGACCGACCGAGAAAACGGCUUCAAGCAUUUACCUACAAUUUAUUUGCCAAAUGUUAAUGAUUCAACUUUUUUUGGUCGUCACUGGCUUUUUCAAGAGUUAGAAGACCGUAUUAACAGUUCUCGCAAUAACCUUGGUAUACUUAUCGUUGGCGAGCCUGGAUUGGGUAAAUCCUCAAUAAUAAGACAACUUAUAAUCACACCCGAAUCAAGUCCUUUUAUUCAUAGAAACAUCAUUGCUUAUCAUUUUUGCAAAUUUGACGAAAAAGAAACUCGUAGUGUUGGACUGUUGGUGAAGAAAAUAAUCUUUUUGUUUGCACAAAAGAUACCAGAAAUGGCAGGAAUUCUACGGAAUGAUAAGUCAAUAGAAAAGGAACUGGAAAAAUGCGAGAACUAUCCACAUUCAUGUUUCAAAAUGGCUUUGUUAGAACCCGUACAAAAUCUAAGGAAACCACCAACAAUUGCUUUUAUUGUUAUCGAUGCUUUAGAUGAAUGCCGUGAAAUAAGCGACGACAGUCACGAUUCCCCAAUACUUCAGAUUCUUCACAGCAAAGGAACUAAUCUUCCGAAUUGGAUUAAAUUUAUAUUUAGCUCCAGAAAUAUAACUACCGUUACUGGAAAACUGUCAGAAAUUGAUGUAUCAACAUUACACAUCCUCUCAACAGACGAACGUAACUUGCUGGACGUUCGCACUUUUAUAAAAAACUUCUUAAAAUCCAACCCCGAACUUAUUUUAAAAGAAACCGGAUUAAACCAUUCUAUUGAUAUAUUAUCUCGGCAGACCCAAGGUAAUUUCCUAUUCAUCAAAACAAUAAUCGAAUUCUUUAAAGAAAAUCCGGAGAGUUUGUAUAAGAAGAAUGUGUCUCCAACUGGUACUCUUGGACGAUUGUACGCGUUGUCGUUUAGAGAGCGAUAUAAAGUACGCGACUUUGAACAAAUGCAGCCAAUGCUUGAAGUUCUUUUAGCUUCUGGCACUCCACUGAAAAUAAAUGAGCUUCAAAACAUUUUGCACUUUCAAAGCAAUGUUCUUGACGCAUCCAGUUAUGUUAAAAAGGUCAUAAAACAAAUUUCACCGUAUCUAAUACACAGCAACGAUGGAACAGUACGUUUCUUUCAUCAUUCUUUUAAUGAGUGGCUAAAGAACAAAACUGAAGGCAUUAAAGGUCUUUUCAUUCAGAAGUCAAGGGGCCAUCGUUUGAUAGCUGAAUAUCUUCUCAACCAGUUCGAUAAUGUGAAUAACAAGUUUGCCAAGCCAAGUUUGAAACAUUUUUCUGAACUAUCUAUGCACAUAUUGUAUGAAGGAAUGAUUAAAGAGCAUGUAGACAAAAUGUUAACAUUUAAUGUUUCCCAAAUACUGAGCGCUAAUAUGAACAGGACCAUUUUGCAUGAGUUAGCUAAAGUUAAAAGGAGCACCAGAAUCUUGGAGGUGUAUAUAAAGGAGUUUGAAUCAGUCGAUAUUAACGACGAAACUGGUUGUCCACCAUCAUUCUAUGCUGCCCAAGAAGAAAACAUUGAUAAUUUAGAACUUUUAAUUACAAGUGGGGCCAACGUGAAUUAUGUUAAUGAUAUGUGCGGAGUAUCAGGAUCACCAACUGGUAUAGACUAUCCGAGUAGGGAGAAAAGUCUGGCUUUUAUUACUGCGGAAACAGGCAACACAGAAAUGGCCCAAAUUUUAUUAAAUAAUGGAGCAAAAUUUGACGAAGAGAAUAGGUUCGGGCAAAAUCCUGUUCACGUAGCAGCAAAACAUGGCCAUACGGAACUUGUUGAGAUAUUAAUUAGUCAUGGAGCCAAGGCCGACAACGUUGCACUACAUCAUGCUGCAGCAAGAAAUCAUACUCAUAUCGUCGAAUAUUUAUUGAAGAUUGGGAAUGCGCAAGAUACAUGUUUGCAUUGUAAACCUGGAAAUAUUUCAUCCUGUUACACCAGUCGAAACAUAAGUGUUAAUCAGACUCAUCUGUGCUUUUGUGAAACAGUAUUAUAUGCAGCGGUGUCAAGAGGUUACAUUCAAAUUGUGAUGUUACUGUUGCAUUAUGGUAAUGAAUCACUUGAAUGUAAACAUUAUUCGGGAAAAACGCCAUUAAUGGAUGCUGUUGAGAGGAAUGAUAAAAACAUGGUGGAGCUUUUGUUGACUUACGGUGCAGAUGUUAAUGUACAGUGUACAAAUGAAAUGCCUUCUAAGCUGGGACUUAGGUAUGAAUGCUUUUACAGGGGAUUUUAUGAAUAUACUAACGAGAAAAAGUUUUUAUAUACAAGCUACUGCGACAGGCCUGUAUGUUAUAAUGGGAUGGGUAUUAUUCACCUUUGUGCACGCCAAGGAUUAUGGGAAAUGACAGAGUACUUGGUUUCCACUUGGAAUGCUAAUGUGAUUGCAUUAGACAAUUUCGCUUUAAGUAUCAUAGACCACGCUGCAAUUCAUGACAAUGCUGACUAUAUAAGAAACUUUCGUACGACUUAUCCGUUAGAAAACGUAGUAUUGUCGUAUGUGUUAGGCAAAAAACAAACGCUGCGAAAAAUAGUGGCAUGCGGAUCCAUAGAAACUCUGCGGCUGCUUUACAGUGAAAACAAUAAUAACAGUUUUUCAGAGAACUACAACAAGGAAAGAACAUUGCUUCAUCUAGCUACAAGUUGGUCACCAUAUCCAGGAUAUCCAGACGGCGCUGGGAGAUUAAGCGAAAUAUUCUCAUGCACAGACAUAUUGAACAAUCAUUAUUGCCAUUAUAGUCUUGUUAGAAGCAUGGGUUGUUUUCCUGAAAAAAUAUUAAAAAGAGAAUACGGAAAAAGAUUAAAAGUGAUCAAAUUAUUGACAAAAUUCGAACGGAACAUUGACACUAAAGAUGCUGAUGGAAGGACGGCUCUUCACUACGCAGCAAUGACUGGGUUUGUUGGUGCAGUCAGACAUUUAGUACGUGAAGGAAGUGACUGGAGAAUUAAAGAUAAAAAUGGAUCCACACCAUUGAUUAUGGCACUAGGAGCUGCAAGGCUAGCUUCUGAAUCAGUCUUCCGUCUAAGUUUUGUCCGUAUGUUCAACUUUCAAAAAGCAAACAAAGAUAAUUAUUUAGUUCAAUCCUGCGAGAGCACAGUUUUUGAUCAUGCAGUAAGCUACCUUGUCAGGUUACACAAUACAUCACUUAAUAAGUGUAACGAACAAACAAAGGCUAUUUUGAAUUUUUUAGUAUUGAAAAACUUACACUUGAGCGUGUACAGUUUAUUUGAAAAAGGUGUCAAAGUAAAUUGCGGUGGUGGUUUAAAAACACACUUAAAAAAAUCACACCUUUCAGGAUAUGAUAUUGGUGCGAUGAACGAAGUUUUCAAAAUGUUUCAAAUAAAUGUAAGUGAAAGUUGCGGUGCACCUUUUUCUGAAUCCGAGAUACAUCCAAUGGCUUAUUUGGGAAUGCCAUCUGAAAUUGGAAACUUUUUCAAGCCAUCGUACAACAAUCAUUCCUUCCCAUUGCAAAGGCUUGUCGGCCACCAUCCAAAACGUUUCAGAUUUUUUGAUGAAUGUUAUGAUGAUGAAGGAUAUUUGCCUAUCCAUCGAGCAGUUCAAGGUGGGAACAUCGAUGCCAUUCAAUGGUUUCUAGAGUUAGGUGUUGAUAUGUGGAGAAAGACAAAAUCCGGAUGGAGUAGCCUUGAUCUUGCAAUAUACCUUUUAGUUCCUGAAAGAUUUGGAAACAAAGACGCUAAAAUCGACCAAUCUGUUAUCCUUGAUAAUUUCUACUCAAUAUUUCACGUACAUCAUUCGUCGUUGUGUCAUCGAUAUUCCGAAAAUGAUUUUCCUACAAAAGCGAAUAUAAUUCGAAAUAUACGAGAAACUGUUUUCAACAAAUUGAUUGAGAAAGCAUUCAAGACCAGUCUCAAUAGUUCGUCCAUGUUGCAAUCAUGGUGCAAAAAAGAUUCCACUGAACUUUCACCACUUCAUAUUGCUGCCUCACUUGGUAUGGAAAUGCUUCACGAUAUUCACACGAAAUUACAGGCGGUCAGAAAUAGAUACUCUUUAAGAUGUUCUAAUAAGCAUAAUAUUGAACCCUCAUAUUUAGCCUAUCUCUACGACAGUGUGGAAGCCGCUGGAAACCUGCGAGAAAUAUUUCUACAAAAAGAUAACUUUGCGAAGCUGACCAAAAAAUAUCCGGUAAAAUAUCUAAAAUAUCCAGAUCGCGAGGCGGAAUAUCAUUUGAUUUACAACUACUUUUACAAAACUCCAGAUAAGGAAAUGGUUUCAAAAUUCGAUUUUUCAAGAUUGUUUCAAUGCAAAGAUAUCAAUGAUUUUCUACCGGGAAUGGAAAUUCUACAUAAAAAGAUCGGUCGAUGCUACAAGCGUUGUAAAAAAUCUGUAUUAACGGCGAGCAAUCUUUUCUUUUCCACUAGUUGUCAUGUAUAUCUGUCCAACCUUUGCUUGAUCUUAGAAUUUUCUUAUACGACUUCUUCAAUUUAAAUGCGCAUUUAGGCGAAAUACGAUAUCACGGAUUAAAGAUGUUUUACGAAAUUCCUUCAAAACUUUGGAGACGCGUAUCAAAGGCGUAUGAAUGUUCUUGCCAUUGUAGCUGUGCUGAAGCAAAGCUGCAACUGCUAAAACACUUCACCAGUGAACCACGAGAACAUAGGGAGAUUGGGAAAUUUGUAGCAGAAAGAAUGGGAUGGUCAAAUACCUCUAUUAAUGGUCAUGUUCGAUAUCGCUGGCCGUUCAGCUUUCUACUGAAUAAAGCUUUGAGAAUGGAUGGAGCAUACGAUUAUCUUAAGAUCUUUGGAGAUAAUUUUAAACCAUUUACUUAUUUUAUGGAACAAUUGUUGCAAAGUAACUAAAUGCAUAAAUUUUGUUCAUUAAGUAAAGAAGCGUCAUCUAACGCUCUGCUUAUAGAAAUUAUUACA